AUGGACAAACUGUCAGCCACCGUUGUUCUUCCUGAGCGAUUCCAGGGCGCCCGGGAUGAUAUUACAGGCCAAGUUGGAAUAAUUUGGCAGCAAACGAAAGCGCCAUUGAUCGUUCCACUCCUGAAAGUUUUAACGUAUUUAUGUUUGGCUAUGUCCCUAAUGCUCUUCAUUGAGAGAGUUUACAUGGGCAUUGUUAUAGUUCUGUUGAAGAUGUUUGGAAGAAAACCUGAAAAGAAAUACAAAUGGGAGCCCAUGAAGGACGAUGUUGAGCUUGGAAACUCAGUUUAUCCAAUGGUCCUCGUGCAAAUUCCAAUGUAUAAUGAAAAAGAGGUUUAUCAGCUUUCCAUUGGCGCCGCCUGUGGCCUUUCUUGGCCUUCUGAUAGGAUUAUAAUUCAAGUUCUCGAUGACUCGACAGACCCAACCAUAAAGGAUUUUGUUAAGCUGGAAUGCCAAAGAUGGGCGAGCAAAGGCAUAAAUAUAAAGUACGAGAUAAGAGACAACAGAAAUGGAUACAAAGCAGGGGCUCUGAAAGAAGGAAUGAAGCAUAGUUAUGUUAAACAUUGUGAUUAUGUCGCCAUUUUUGAUGCUGAUUUUCAACCUGAACCUGAUUUUCUAUGGCGCACAAUUCCAUUUCUAGCUCACAACCCAGAAAUUGCUCUUGUUCAAGCUCGCUGGAAAUUUGUUAAUGCAGAUGAAUGUUUGAUGACAAGAAUGCAAGAGAUGUCAUUGGAUUACCAUUUCACUGUGGAACAAGAAGUUGGCUCUUCAACUUAUGCCUUCUUUGGUUUCAAUGGGACCGCCGGUGUAUGGAGAAUCACAGCUCUCAAUGAAGCCGGUGGAUGGAAAGACCGUACUACUGUGGAGGAUAUGGACUUGGCCGUUCGUGCUAGUCUCAAAGGCUGGAAAUUUGUUUAUGUUGGUGACCUCAAGGUGAAAAAUGAACUUCCAAGCACCUUCAAAGCUUACAGAUACCAGCAGCACAGAUGGUCUUGUGGCCCAGCUAAUCUCUUUAAGAAAAUGGCGGUGGAAAUUUUUAGAACUAAGAAAGUUAAUCUCUGGAAGAAGCUCUAUGUGAUUUACAGUUUCUUCUUCGUUCGAAAGAUUGUAGCACAUAUUGUCACAUUCGUGUUUUACUGCAUUGUUAUGCCUGCAACUGUUUUGGUUCCUGAAGUGGAAGUUCCCAAGUGGGGAGCUGUCUAUAUUCCUUCUAUCAUCACUCUUCUUAAUGCUGUCGGCACCCCAAGAUCAAUCCACCUAUUGAUGUUCUGGAUCCUCUUCGAAAAUGUCAUGUCACUGCACCGGACUAAGGCAACAUUCAUAGGCUUGCUGGAGGCAGGGAGAGUAAAUGAAUGGGUUGUUACUGAGAAGUUGGGAGAUGCUCUCAAGUCAAAAUUAGGCCCCAAAGCUCAAAAGAAACCUCGUAUCAGGAUUGGCGAAAGGCUGCACUUGCUGGAGCUUGGAGUAGGAGCAUACCUCUUCUUCGUCGGCUGCUAUGAUCUUGCAUUCGGAAAGAACCACUACUUCAUUUUCCUCUUUCUCCAAUCCAUUGCCUUCUUCAUCGCAGGGAUCAGUUAUGUUGGCACAUUCGUUCCAAACUCUUAGCGAAACUCUGUGUCAGAAAAUUUAUCAUCUCCAGAAUACAUCAUUCAGUAAAUCUCAAGUUCUCCAACUAAUGAUCUGAUUAAAUUUAUUUGAAAAUUUCUCUAUUCACAUUGUUACAUUUUUAGAAUACUACACAAGGGUUGGUUUAUUCUUUCAAGUUUAUUUUGAAUUUGGGAAAAUGUUGGUUACAAACAUUUCACAUGUAUAGAUAUGGGAAAAAUAUUGGAAGGGAAAGUGAAGCAAAUUAUUUUUAAUUGGAAAUGUAGUAGAAGCAACAGCUGGGUUUUGAAUA